AAGGCGGUCACAACGGAGACAAGAACAAAUCCUCAGACGGACACAAGCCGAAGACGAAGAGAAAACCCAGGGUGCUCUUCUCACAGGCCCAGGUGUACGAGCUGGAGCGAAGGUUCAAGCAGCAGCGCUACCUGUCGGCGCCGGAGCGAGAGCACCUGGCGGGUCUCCUGAAGCUCACCUCGACGCAGGUCAAGAUCUGGUUCCAGAACCGCCGCUACAAGUGCAAGCGACAGCGCCAGGACAAGAACCUGGAGCUCACCACGGCCGCCGCCGCCGCCGCCGCCUCCAUGGCCUCCGUCACCUCCCCGCGCCGCGUCGCAGUGCCGGUUUUGGUUCGAGAUGGCAAACCGUGUCCAGCUGGCUACCCCCCACCUACCCCCCCGCCUACACUCCCCCUCAGUACUCCCCCCCGGCCUACCAGUGCCCGUACAGUGCCCAGACAUACCAACAGACACAGACGUACAACCAGCAGACACUUCGCACGUGGUGAAGAGGAAGAGGGGGAUGAAAAAGGAAGAGAGAGAGAUGGAAAGAGAAGAUGGAAGGGAGAGACGAUUAGAGGGAGAGAAAAAGAAAGAAGAAGAAGAAGGAAGGAAGAGAAAAAUAAAGGGAGAGAUGGAGGAAGGAAGAUAAGGAAAGAAAGAAGAGAAAGAGAAAAGAAGAAAAAAAAAUGAGAAGCCUUAUGUGUUCAAGAAUUGAGAUUGCCGGGAAUGUGUUCACUCGUUGAGACUGUUCAGUGUAGGAGAGAACAUGGAGGAAAAGGAAGCGAAGAAGAAGGAAAAAAAAUGUUCAUUCUCUUUCGUUGAACUGGAAGAACGUUGGAAAAUGAAGUCGUUGAACUUUUUUUUGUGCGUUUGAAACCAGUGUGGAAGUUUGUGGGAGUAAAGUACGAGGUCGAAAAAGUGAUUUAUUAUUUUUUGUUGUUGUUGUUUUAUGUACACGAUAAUUCCCCCUUUUUUCUUCUUCUUUAUUCCUGUCUUUAUUAUAUUUCUUCAUCUUUUUUCUUUGUCUUCUUCUUUCGCUUCACCUUUUUCCCCUUUCCUAAUCCUCCUCAUCGUCAGCCUCAUACUCCCCCCAAAAAAUUCAUUACUACAACGACCACGAGCAUACUAAAUGCACACACGAAUAGAUAAUAAUAAUUACUACAACAACCACGAUUAUACUAAAUGCACACACGAAUAAAUAAUUAAAAACAAAAACAGAUUAACCACAAUUUAACGUCCCAACACCACCCCCACCCC